AUGGCGGACGUCGAUCCCGGCUCCGAGCCGCAUCACCACCCCGCGGCCGACACCCCCGAACUUGAGGCCCCCGUGGACGCAAACAGUGAAGCACCUCAAGCUCCGCCAAUGUUGGCAUCAGAUAAGCCGAAUUUGUUGUCGGAGAAAGAAGAAUGGCAAGAAGUGAAGGCGCAAGAGGAGCAAGAGACUCAAGAGGAAACCCAGCAGAAAGAAGAGGAUAAACAAACCGAGGAACGGCCGCAGCAGGCAGCAGACGAGCAAGAUGAGGACGAUGACAAGAAGCCUGAGGUUCCACCUAAGGAUACAGAGGAGGACAGUACCACUGGUCGCGAAGUCGACCAGCAGCAGGCUGGUGCACCUCCCGAAAUACACGAACCGCAGCCAACCGAGGACAUUGCGCCGCCAGACGCUCGCAUGCGUUCCGACUCACGGUCAACAACGGCCACCUUCGCGACGCACCGGUCCACCGCCGUCAGCUCUACAGUUUUCAUCGUGACUGCUCUCGACACCAUUGGCACCUCCCGCGAAGCCCGGCGAAGCAAGGAGUUGGAGGCCUCCGUCCAGGUAGCUUUGGCCAAUGUUAAACAGUCAGAUGGGCAACCCAUCGAUCCUGAGCUCAUUUUCCGCCCUCUUCACCUGGCUAGCAAGACACUCAGCAUUCCACUCCAGGUGACGGCGCUGGACUGCAUUGGCAAACUUAUUACCUACUCCUACUUUGCUUUCCCCUCCGCCGAAUCCGAAUUCGAGAAUGAGGCGACUCCGAACGAGAUUCAGCAGCAGAUCAUCAAGUCAUUACUUGCUGCCGUGCUGAAUGACAAGAUCGUGGUGCAUGGAGCUGGUCUCUUGAAAGCGGUUCGCCAGAUCUAUAAUAUUUUCAUAUACUCCAAAUCCAGUCAGAAUCAGCAGAUUGCCCAAGGCUCGCUUACUCAGAUGGUGAGCACGGUGUUCGACAGAGUUCAGGUUCGGUUGGAUCUGAAAGAGCUCCGGACCCGUGAGGUCGACAAAGUUACCGGCGCCGGCCUUGAUGCGUCAGCUAGCGACCAAGGACAAAUUUCUGAAGUCGCUUCCGUGUCCGUGGUGGAUCAAGCGGACCAAGCAGAUCAACCCGUGACCAAAGAACCCAACGCGGAGAAGCUCACUCUACAAAGCUUUGAGUCACCCAAGGAGGUGACCAAUGUAAAUGACAAUGCGCCGACCACAGUCACUCGUGCUAAACUUACCCGAUCAACGACCCGGUCGAUUUCGGGCAUCCCUGAAGAAAGAGAAGAUGAUGCCUUAGCAGCAGAGGAUGAGGUGGAUGAUACCUACGUUAAGGAUUCCUUCUUGGUCUUCCGCGCUCUGUGUAAGCUGAGCCAUAAGGUUCUCGGCCAUGACCAACAACAAGAUAUCAAGUCCCAGAACAUGCGGUCGAAGCUGCUCUCGCUACACCUUAUCCACUAUCUCAUCAACAACCACAUCACCGCGUUUACAUCACCGCUUGCUGCCAUCAAGAACAGCUCAAGCAGCACGGAAGCGAUGACACUCCUCCAGGCUGUGCGACCCCAUCUUUGCUUGAGCCUCAGUCGGAAUGGCUCCAGCUCGGUUCCUCAUGUUUUCAAAGUCUGCUGCGAGAUUUUCUGGCUGAUGCUUAAGGACAUGAGGGUUAUGAUGAAGAAAGAGUUGGAGGUGUUCCUCAAGGAGAUCUAUCUGGCUAUUCUCGAGAAGCGAGCCGCUCCGUCUUUCCAAAAGCAGUACUUUAUGGAAGUGUUGGAGCGAUUAGGCGGCGAUCCCCGUGCAUUGGUCGAGAUCUAUCUCAACUACGACUGUGACCGGACUGCAUUGGAGAACAUUUUCCAAAAUGUCAUAGAGCAACUCUCGCGGUACUCGAGCGUGCCUGUCACCACCACAGUUGCACAGCAGCAGCAAUUCCAGGAACAUCAUACCAAGAUGUCCAGCGUCGGGGCCGAUUGGCACCAGCGUGGAACACUACCUCCAUCGCUGACGACCGCCAACAUCACACCACCGCCACAACCGGCCGUGCCAAACAUACCAUCGGACUACAUUUUGAAGCAUCAGGCUGUGGAGUGUCUCGUGGAGAUGCUUCGGUCUCUGGACAAUUGGGGCUCCCAGCGUCUAGAUGAUCAGGCUGCUGCCGCUGCUGCUCACUCACUGGCUCCAUCUAAGUCCAUGGACAAUUCCCGCGAGUCCCUGGAUACCAGCGUCCUCAUGUCACCACGACCAGAGGUUAGCGAGUCUGGUACGGGCCGAUCCACACCAGUGCCUGAUGACGACCCGAGUCAGAUUGAGAAGGUCAAACAACGAAAGAUCGCCAUGAUGAACGCCAUUCAACAGUUCAAUUUCAAGCCAAAGCGUGGCAUCAAACUUCUGCUCUCCGAGGGCUUCAUUCGUUCUGAUUCACCAGAAGACAUUGCCAGCUUUCUGCUGCGCAAUGAGCGCCUUGACAAGGCUAUGCUUGGUGAAUACCUGGGCGAGGGCGAUGCGGAGAAUAUUGCCAUCAUGCAUCAGUUUGUUGAUCAGAUGGAUUUCACCAAACGACGUUUCGUUGAUGCUCUUCGAUCUUUUCUGCAGCACUUCCGUUUGCCCGGCGAGGCCCAAAAGAUCGAUCGUUUCAUGCUCAAGUUUGCGGAACGGUAUACAACUCAGAACCCCAAUGCUUUCGCCAACGCGGACACCGCGUAUGUCCUUUCAUACUCGGUUAUCAUGCUCAACACCGACCAGCAUAGCUCCAAGAUGAAGGGGCCCCGAAUGACCAAGGAGGACUUCAUCAAGAACAAUCGGGGUAUCAACGACAACCAGGACUUACCGUCCGAGUAUCUUGUUUCGAUCUACGACGAGAUUGCCAACAAUGAGAUUGUCCUUGACACCGAGCGAGAACAUGCCGCGAACUUGGGUAUCCCAACUUCAGCCCCCACUAGAUUGGCGACUCGAGCUGGACAAGUCUUUGCAACCGUGGGUAGAGAUAUCCAAGGAGAGAAAUACGCUCAGGCAUCUGAGGAAAUGGCCAACAAGACGGAGCAGUUAUAUCGCUCCCUCAUCCGAGCCCAGCGCAAGACGGCCGUCCGAGAUGCGCUAUCGCGUUUCAUCCCUGCCACCUCGGUUCGGCAUGUCGGGUCGAUGUUCAAUGUCACUUGGAUGUCCUUUUUGUCAGGAUUGUCAGCCCCGAUGCAAGACACCCAGAACCUUGAGAUGAUCCGACUUUGCAUGGAGGGUUUCAAGUUGGCAAUCCGGAUCAGUUGCGCCUUUGAUUUGGAAACCCCUCGGGUCGCAUUUGUCACUGCUUUGGCAAAAUUUACCAACCUCGGAAAUGUCCGGGAGAUGAUGGCGAAGAACGUCGAGGCCUUGAAAGUAUUGCUUGACGUCGCUUUCACCGAAGGCAACCAUCUUCGGGGUUCAUGGCGAGAGAUUUUGACCUGUGUCAGUCAGCUUGACCGGUUGCAAUUGUUGAGUGAUGGUGUAGAUGAGGGGUCACUACCCGAUGUCUCACGCGCACCCACGAUAUCAUCCGACUCCGCCUCUCGCAAGUCUGUGCAGGGCUCGCGGCGACCCCGUCCACGCUCAGCCGGCGGACCCACGGCUUUCCGCAUGGAGAUCGCCAUGGAAAGCCGAUCCGCCGAUAUGGUCCGCGGCGUUGAUCGCAUCUUUACGAACACAGCCAAUCUGUCGCACGAAGCUAUUAUUGACUUUGUGCGGGCACUUAGCGAGGUCAGCUGGCAAGAAAUCCAGUCGUCUGGGCAUAGCGACUCUCCUCGCACGUACAGUUUGCAAAAGCUAGUCGAGAUCAGUUACUACAACAUGACUCGUGUGAGAAUUGAGUGGUCGAAAAUCUGGGAGGUUCUGGGUCAACACUUCAACCAGGUUGGCUGUCAUUCCAAUACUACCGUUGUGUUCUUUGCGCUGGACUCCCUGCGACAGCUGUCAAUGCGCUUUAUGGAGAUUGGCGAGUUGCCUGGCUUCAAGUUUCAAAAGGAUUUCCUCAAGCCCUUUGAGCAUGUCAUGGCAAACAGCACUACAGCUGCUGUCAAGGAUAUGAUACUUCGCUGCCUGAUCCAGAUGAUUCAGGCGCGUGGGGACAAUAUCCGGUCCGGAUGGAAGACCAUGUUUGGUGUUUUCACCGUCGCAGCUCGUGAGCCUUAUGAGGGCAUUGUAAAUAUGGCCUUUGAUCAUGUUACCCAAAUCUAUAAUACCCGCUUUGGCGUUGUGAUCACCCAGGGCGCUUUUGCUGACCUGAUCGUUUGUCUGACCGAAUUUUCCAAGAAUUCCAAGUUCCAGAAGAAGUCGCUGCAGGCGAUCGAGACGUUGAAGUCCACGGUCACCAAGAUGCUGCGUACUCCAGAGUGCCCGCUCUCCCACCGUGGGGGUACUCCUGCCCAUCAUUUCCAGGAGGAGGGAACCAACCUUGCCAAGCAGCUCACUCGCCAGUCGCAAGAAGAGCAGUUCUGGUACCCCAUUCUCAUUGCGUUCCAGGACGUGCUGAUGACCGGUGAUGAUCUUGAGGUUCGAUCCCGUGCACUUGCCUACCUCUUCGACACCCUGAUUCGGCACGGAGGCGAUUUCCCCAGGGACUUUUGGGAUGUCCUUUGGCGACAACUGCUUUGCCCCAUCUUCGUUGUCCUACAGUCCAAGUCGGAAAUGUCCAAGGUUCCUAACCACGAGGACCUUUCUGUCUGGCUGUCGACCACCAUGAUUCAAGCUUUGCGGAACAUGAUCACCCUUUUCACCCAUUAUUUCGAUUUGUUGGAGUAUAUGCUCAGUCGGUUCCUGGAACUGCUGACCUUAUGUAUUUGCCAAGAGAAUGAUACCAUUGCUCGAAUUGGCAGCAACUGCUUGCAGCAGCUGAUCCUGCAAAAUGUUUCCAAGUUCCGAGAAGAGCACUGGACCCAAAUUGUGGGAGCUUUCGUCGAGCUCUUUAGCAAGACGACCGCCUAUGAGCUCUUUACCGCGGCGGCGUCCAUGUCUAAACUGACCGACGCCCCGGUCACCACCAACGGCGAUGUCGCCCAAUCUCCGGAUGCUGCAACCACUGCAUCGGCUGAUCUUCCCGACUCGCUGCAGGUCAAUGGAUCUCAGACCACCACUUCGCUCCAGGAUGAAGGAGUUCCCCCGGCUCAGAGCGAGGCUCGUGCAGAGCUUGAGGACUACCGGCCCCAAGGAGACCCGCAACAGCAGCCUGCUGCCAUCACAGCGGCUCGUCGUCGCUUCUUCAACCGGAUCAUCACCAGUUGCAUUCUGCAGCUGCUCAUGAUCGAAACGGUGCAUGAGCUCUUCUCCAACGAUAAUGUCUACGCCCAAAUCCCCAGCCACGAGCUCUUGCGGCUAAUGGGAUUACUGAAGAAGAGUUAUCAAUUUGCCAAGAAGUUUAAUGAGGACAAGGAUCUGCGCAUGCAGCUCUGGCGCCAAGGAUUCAUGAAGCAGCCUCCGAAUCUGCUGAAGCAGGAGAGUGGUAGUGCUGCCACCUACGUACAUAUACUCUUCCGCAUGUAUCAUGACGAGCGAGAGGAGAGACAGAGCAGUCGCCCGGAGACUGAGGCGGCUCUCAUCCCACUCUGUGCCGAUAUCAUCCGCAGCUUCGUCCGCCUCGACGAGGAGAGCCAGCAGCGCAACAUUGUGGCCUGGCGGCCGGUCGUGGUGGAUGUUAUCGACGGGUACAGCAAUUUCCCCCAGGAUGACUUUGACAAGCAUAUCGAGACCUUCUAUCCCUUGGGAGUAGAGCUUCUUAGCCGCGAUCUCAACCCGGAGAUUCGCAUCGCAUUGCAGUCCCUUCUCCGCCGGAUUGGCGAAGUCCGCCUGGGUGUGGCUCCGCCCAACCGGCUGGACGCUCCGAUCAGCCCGCGAAGCUCCGUCUCCCAGAAGGGUUCGCGUCGAGAUAGCCAGGCGACCCACUGA